UGACACAUACGUAACCUCAAAGAGGGCGUAGUGUUUUUAUCGCUGAUUAUUUUAGAAAAACAUCAAAAAUGGCAAAAAAUACGUCUAGUUCGGCCUUUAGGAAAAUAGACAUUGAUCAGUACAAUGAGGAUAAUUUUAAGGAAGACGAGACCGAUCAGGGAGGACCUCAGGGACCGGACGAAACAGAAGUGAAUAAUUUACUGAAAAGUGGCCAACAUGCUGAAGCUUUAAAAACAGUACUGAGUAAUGCCCCCCUGGGGAGCAAAAGUGUACAAGUCAAGGAAAACGCAGUCAAUUUAACGCUACGGGUCAUGUUAUCCAUCAAACCAUCGCAAAUAGAAGAAGCAGUCAAUUCCCUGAACAUGGAUCUAAUAGAUGUUCUAAUGAAAUAUGUAUACAAAGGUUUCGAAUACCCUUCAGAAGGAAGCAGUGGGCACUUGUUGCUGUGGCAUGAGAAAAUUUACAAUAUAGGAGGUGUAGGCUGCAUUGUAAGAGUUUUAUCAGACAGUAGGCGAGUGUGAAAUUUUUUUAUCAUAGGUAUUAUUAACCAAAUAAACGUGUCAAUAGAGUUUUUAGUUAGGACGUUCAUCUAAAUUAAGUCUUACUUAUGUUGUUAACUUUCUGUUGAACAGGUAUUUAAAUGAUUUGUACAAUUUUUUUUAAUUCAUUUUUAUUAUAAAAGCUUUAUAA